AUGUCCGCUGACAUUUAUAAGUGGGGUGGAGACAUUACCAAGCAGGACGGGACCGGAGGAAAGUCAAUCUUCGGGGAGAAGUUUGAGGAUGAGAACUUUGACGUGAAGCACACAGGCCCGGGCCUGCUCUCCAUGGCGAACCGCGGCCGUGACACCAACAACUCCCAGUUCUUCAUCACCCUGAAGAAAGCGGAGCACCUCGAUUUCAAGCACGUGGUCUUUGGCUUCGUCAAAGACGGCAUGGACGUUGUUAAAAAGAUGGGAGACCGAGUAAGAAGAUAG